GCUGCUCCCACAAACACAGAGGCUGUUUAAUGAAGACUGGCGCGACACAGAGAGAGGUGGAUGACAGCAUGAGCUGGUAUCUUAAUGUAAAAAAUGAUCACUGUGGUUUAAACUGUCACGUGGCACAGUGAAGAGGUUUUGAUUAAAAAGGCGGCGGUGGAGGAGCGAAAACGCGCGCACAUCCAUCAAGCCGUCGCGAGGUUGUGAUGGGUUUUGGCGGUGGAGGUCUGGAAGGUGUGUCGGUCGCUGCUGUCGCUCAGCUGUGAGCCCUGCUGUCAACCUCCCUCACUGUGUUUGUGUUUGUGUGUGAGUGUGUGUGUGUGUGUGUGUGUGUGUGUGUGUGUGUGUGUGUGUGUGUGUGUGUGCAUGUGUGAGGGAGGAAGACGCUACGCGAGAGCCAGGGAGCGCGCAAGCUGAAGACAGAGCGAAAGAGAGAGAGAGAUAAGUUUCCUUUGCUCUUGGCGCACGUUCUCGUUUCGCUCACUUCACACGAUGGCACGCCUGUAUCUGCGUGCAGCGCAGUUGCGUUUGGACCCCUGCUGCCAUCAAGGAAACUAAGAAAUCCAGAAAAAGUGUCACCAUGGCCGAAUUUGGAGAGAACAAGAACGCCGUCGGUCCACCGGUUGCUGGCCGGAAAGCUUUGUCAGGGGGUGCCGGAACGAGGCUGGAGACGCAUCGAGGGGAGCCGGUGUCAAACGGAAACUGUAGCGUGCCAGACACCGUGAAGAGGGUCCAAAACGAAGCCAGCUGCGAGUCCCCGACGUGGGAGAGCGCAGGUCCAGAUUCAGGCUCCAAGACAAUCCCACGACGCAGCAGUUUGAUCAAGGAUGGGUCACGUGCCAGUCGGGACAGGAAGAAGACUGUGUCCUUCAGCAGCAGCCUGUCAGAGAAGAAGAUUAGCAGCGCUGCAGACUGCAUCCACUCCAUGGUUGAGGGGAGUGAGCUAAAGAAAAUCCGAACCAACUCCCGUGUGUACCAGCGUUACUACCUGCUGGACACAGGCCUCCAGGCUCUUUGCUGGGAGCCGUCCAAGAAGGAGUCAGACAAAGCCCGGAUCUCUCUCGCCUCCAUAAGAGAGGUACGGACUGGUCGUAACACAGAUACCUUUCGCACCAGUGGAGUUUAUGAGCAGAUUUCAGAGGACUGUGCUUUUUCCAUCAUCUAUGGGGAGAUGUAUGAGAGCUUAGAUCUGGUGGCCAACUCAGCUGAAGUGGCAAACAUUUGGGUGACUGGCCUGAGGUAUCUGAUGCAGUAUGGGAAACACGCCCUGGACAUGCUCGCCAGCAGCCAAGACAGUCUUCGUCAUGUCUGGCUGGAACAGUUGUUCUCCUCUGCUGCUGAUUCGGACAGACUUGAAGACUUUGAGGAAGGGAUCCGCUUGCAGUCAGCCAUUAAGUUAAUACAGACUGUGAACCCUGGAGUUAGCAGCAGCAAAGUAGGGCACAGGUUUAAAGAGCUUCAAAGAGUUAGGGAGAAAAUGUGUGGGCUUACUUUAGAAAAUGCAUCUGGAGUUAAAGAACAAGGCGAAAACAAACGAGUCACAGGAAGAAACGAGCGUGUCACCAAGCAGGAGUUUGUUGAGGUAUUCCACGACUUUUGCACACGUCCGGAGAUCUACUUUCUCUUGGUGCAGUUCUCCAGCAACAAGGAGUUCCUGGACACCAAAGACCUGAUGAGGUUCCUCGAAGCUGAGCAGGGGAUGGCCCAAGUGAGUGAGGAGACAAGCCUGAUGCUCAUCCAGUCUCACGAGCCAUCGGAGGAGGGCCGGCAGCAGGGAUACCUGUCGCUGGAUGGCUUCACCAGCUACCUCACUUCAGCAGAGUGCAACCUCUUCGACAGGGAGCAUGACACAGUGUGCCAAGACAUGACCCAGCCUUUGUCCCACUACUAUAUCAACUCCUCGCAUAACACCUACCUCAUCGAGGACCAAUUUCGAGGGCCCUCUGACAUCUCUGGCUACAUCCGAGCCCUCAGGAUGGGUUGUCGAUGUGUUGAGGUGGAUGUCUGGGACGGCCCUGAUCAGGAGCCUGUUGUGUGUAUCGGACAAACACUCUCCCCACCUCUUAUCCUGCGUUGCGUGCUAGAAGCAAUUGAAAAGUUUGCAUUUGUGGCAUCGGAUUAUCCAUUAAUUGUAUGUAUUGAGAACCACUGUUCGCCUCAACAACAGAGAGUAAUGUGGCAAAAUCUCAUAAGGAUAUUUGGGGAGAGUUUAUACACAGAUUACCCAGACAAAGGGGCGUCAUACCUACCAUCACCACAUGACUUACGGCAUCGAAUUUUGCUGAAAGGUAAAAAGUUGGGGCUUGGCCCUGAUGGACAGGAUGGUGAGGUAAGUGAAGAGGAUGAAGGAGCAGAGAUGUGUCAAAGGAUGAAAGCAGCGAACAGUGUUGGAUCUGCUCCAGGAGUUAAUGAGAAGGAGGUGGUGCAGAAAAGCAAUCCUUCAACACCAACCACUCAGUCUCAUCCCGUUUAUCAACCUCCCAAACGUUUCCAACUCUUGAAGGAGCUCUCUGAAUUAGUAACUCUUUGCCGUUCAAUAAGCUUCAUUGACUUUGAAACAUCAUCCAAAUGCCAAAAACCUUGGGAACUGUGUUCCUUUCAUGAGUCUCAGGCUGUGCGUCUCGCUGGCGAGAGCCCUGGUGACUUUGUCAAUCACAACAAGCACUUCCUGUCACGAGUGCACCCCAGCCCCAUGCGUAUUGACUCAAGUAACAUGAACCCUCAGGACCUGUGGAAAUGUGGUUGCCAGAUUGUGUCUAUGAAUUUUCAGACCGCAGGACUCAUGAUGGACCUGAACACAGCCUGGUUCAGACAGAAUGGGAACUGCGGUUACAUCCUGCGGCCAGCCAUCAUGCGGCAGGAGGUGUCGUAUUUCAGCGCCGACACCAGGGACACGGUGCCUGGUGUGGCUCCACAGCUGCUCCAUGUGAAGGUGAUCAGUGGCCAAAACUUGCCCAAGCCGAGGGGUUCGGGGGCCAAAGGAGAUGUGGUUGACCCCUACGUGUAUGUUGAGAUCCAUGGCAUCCCUGCUGACUGCACAGAGCGCCGCACCAGGACUGUGACCCAGAAUGGAGACAACCCAAUCUUUGAUGAAAGUUUUGAGUUCCAGAUCAACUUACCUGAGCUGGCCAUGGUUCGCUUUGUGGUGCUGGAUGAUGACUAUAUUGGGGAUGAGUUCAUAGGUCAGUACACCAUCCCUCUGGAGUGUCUUCAACCAGGAUUCAGACAUAUACCCCUUCAGUCUCUGACAGGAGAGGAUCUUAACCAUGCCAAGCUGUUUGUUCAUGUGGCUCUAACCAAUCGGAGAGGAGGGGGAAAACCACACAAAAGGGGUCUGUCAGUGCGCAAGGCCCGCAAGGGGAGGGACUACCCAGCUCUGAGAGACCUGGGAGUCAGGGCUGUUGACGAGGUUUUCAAGAUGGCUGCUCCUCUGCUGAGGGAAGCAACAGACCUGAAGGAAAACAUGCAGAACUCAGUCGUAGUGUUCAGGGAGCUGUGUGGGGUGUCGGCGACAGCUAACCUCAUGCAGUGCGUACUGGCUCUGGGCUCCACGGUGUCAGGACCAGAUGGGGUGCCGUUACUACUCUUCGACCUCCGGGACCACUACCCAAGCCUGGAACCCCAGGGACCCCUACCAGACGUCCUUCGCCGGGUUGUCUCCACCUAUGAAAUGAUGGUCCAGGCAAGCCGAGCAGUGAUCGAGCUGUCCGAUGGAAUCUACGACAGGAUCCUGCAUGUGCAAACAAUGGCCAUGGAGUUUCAUGAGAAGUUACAGAGUCUGGCAGCAAAGGAGGGGCUUAAGGGUCGUAAGGUCAGCCGAGCUCUGGAGAGUUUCAGCUGGAACAUCACCAUCCUUAAGGGUCAGGCCGACCUACUGAAGCACGCCAGAGCUGAGGUGCAGGAGAACAUGAAGCAGGUCCACGAUGCUGCUUUGGCAGGAAGCCUCACCAAGGAGAGUGCAGGAGUGAGAAGAGUGCGCUCGCAAACACGCAGAGGUCAGGAGGACAAACCCAAUACGGCCAGUUCUUGAGGACCUUCUGUGUAGCGAAAAAACAACCAACACACCACCAAGGACCAAACUGCUAUCAUGGCUGCUGAUAGAAACCCUUUCCUGUCAUUCAACUUCUUACUCAGCCUUAGUGGAAUGCUUUUCCAAUGCUUUUUGGGGAGCUAAAGCCAAGACUGUUUUAAGGGAGACAAACAAAAGAGGAUGAAUGUAAAAGUGUCAAAGUGCAGUGCGGCAGGAGUCUGAGGAGAUAAAUGUCACUGGAGGGAUGAAUGUAAUUAAAGCCAAGGUUCAGUUUGUACUGUACUAAACUGUAAAUACUUUUAAGGCCUAUUAAUCUCUUCUUAUGUGCAAGUUGUCCUUAAAAAGCAAGAAAAGGUAGUCAUGUUCUGGCAUAGCUUGUGACUACUCCAAGCUCAGAAAAAAGAUGUUUAGAUCCUUUUAAAAAAAGCUUUUAAAACUGCCAACUCGACAUGUUAGAGCAAAUCUAGCAAUAUCAAGCAAGGAUUUAAAGCAAGGAUUAUGUUGGAGUAAGUUUGAAGGAAAUGCACUUUCAAAAUGAAAGAUAAGCAGGACUUUUUUGGGAUGUUUUGGGUCUUUCAACAGUGAAUCUCUUCAGUGAAUUCUGCCCCUUUACGCCAUAAUUUCCAUGAGGCAUUUUAAGGUCCUGGAUCCCUGCUCUUCAUCUCAUUAUCUUUGUCUCGUCCGGUCACCAUUUAAAUAUUGUUGCCUAACAUACAGUAUUCUAUAUUUUUGUAUUUUUCCUGAAACUCCUGUGCUUAUUAAACCACUGCUGUCACCAUACUGAUCCACCCUGGACCUGUUACAGUCUGCCUUUAGGGAACAAAAACCUUUACGUUAAAAGUGCUUUGUGUGCAAAACACUGUACAGUAUUUUAAUAUGUUACUCAAUCCUUUUGCUGUGAAGAAUAUUUUACAUAAGUUAUUGAUCCUGAAUGAAAACAUUCCAGUUAAAGGUGCAGUAGACGAGGUUUGACCUGUUCGGCUCUGUGAGAAGUUGCAGUUUGUGAUCCUCCUUCACGGUCGAGAUGGAAAUAAAUUAGUUUUUAAAUAAAAGAG